AUGCAAAAGGGCGAACAACAGAUGCAAAAAGAAUACACAGGAAAUCACCAGAAAACAUUAUAUUCGAAGGAGCGCCAUCAGACUGAUGAAACAGUUCCCAACGUGCAUAAGAUUUUUUUAGAAUCUCAAAACUUCAUCCAGUACAAACGAGUAAAGGCACGUCGAAAUAGUUCCAAUUCGCAGGCUGAAUUUAUUCCUCCCACAGACUACUCAUCGCGGAUGAAGUCGGGUGAUUUGGCAACAGGCGAAGAAGUAUACAAGGUCCCAGUCCGGAAAUCAUUUCUUGUCGAGGAUCGAGACUCGGUCAAAGCUCAUGUGGAAAGCUGGCUCGAAGAGGCUGUCAAUAUUACGAGACAGAAACAGUCACGGAGACUUGCACAGCUCUAUCACCUCAGCAGUGGAGACGCUGUUUACAAAGGAUCCCAGGUUGGUGUGGCCACAGCACAACCGCACAGCGUUGAUGUCCCCGUCGCUUGUGAUUCGUUUGACCAACAUAAUGCCUAUCCAUUCAUUCAUCGUGAAACCUCGGGAGCUACUAUGAACCCCACGAUAACUCCAAUCUCCCAACCGUCCACAGACAGUGUACAACGCAUGGUUCCCUCGCUGACGGUCGACAGCAAUGAUAACGGACCAACGUGCCUGCUGGGAGAAUCAGUUGAAGAGGAGGGUCCGUUUCACACGCUCCAGGCGGGUCUUACUACAACGUCCUAUUAUCCUAUACACAGAAGGCACAGUGACAACCCUUUGACUCGAUCGAAAGCCUUGCUACACACAUCAACUUCCACGGAAUCAUCUGCAAGCAGAUUCAGUACACAACACAGGAGGGAAAACUUUCACAUACCAGUUGCAUCAGAACGAUGGAUUUCGAAACCCGCUUUGUCUGCGAGAGAAUCGCUUCACUCCCACAACCUCCCACGACAAUCAGAAUCGUUUCAAACUGACCCGAGAAUCUCCAUGCAACUGGGUGAGAUGAGCCGACCGAAUAUAAUCAAACUUGCAUUCCUCAGACAGAGUCACAGUUUUAGCAAUACGCGACGGGGUAGUCGAUCACCUACCGUUUUGUCCGCACAGCAAGAUAGUUUGAGUUCUGGUGGAAUACCGGUACUUUUGGCCAGGAGAUCGUCGCAGUGCCGGAACAGUCCACAACCAGCCUUACGGACGUCAGAUGUGGUUGGUAGACCACGGUGUGUUGUGUGUUCGACAGGCCGUCAUCCACGCUGUACUCAUCGUCCGUGCUCGCAAUUCACGUCAACCCUGACUGGACAACUCUCGGAAGAAUCGUCCUCUGAGGUUCGAUCUCAACUCUUGAACCAGCCCAUAUCAUCAGCUAUUUUUGAGAGAAGAUAUUCGAAGCAUCUGAAACCAAUGGAUGCUUGGCAGUGCAGGCAGUCGCACAGCAUGGAACUUGUGCACACAGGUGCGCUUCCCGUUAGCCCAACAGAACGCCAGAACACAAGAAGCAAAGCUACCCUACAAAGACAAGUGCCCAUCAUCUGCAGCCGAUCCAUGCAACAGUCAACCGGUUCUUUCCCCAUCCCCUACUGUGAGUUUCUUAGCGGUCCGGAACUGUCUCUUGCGUCAACUCUUGAGUCGACGAGUAUAACACCAGAUUCGCAGAAAAACCGUUGUUUUUUCAAUCAGUCCACUGAGUCGGGAAGGAGCAUAUCCAUUCACAAAACAUCCGAACUCUCUCACGGUCACUCUCCUCUAGCUUCACCCAGGCUGUUACAUGCCCGGACCGCAUCAAACGAACAACGCGUGUCCUCAAACUUGUCUCCCGAUCGAAGACAACAAUUUUUGUGCACCAAACUACUGCCCUAUCCACAACAGGAUACUACUGGUAGAAAUGGAGAGAGAAAAGCAAGAAGUUUCGAAAUGAGCCUCUCAUUUGAGCACACAUCCCAACUUCCCACACAAACCUAUCUUAUGCUCCCGAAUUAUCACUCAUCGGAUUCGUCCAGACGCAAUUCAGCACUGAGCAGUAACUCGGCCCAGCUGUGGACAGAACGAGACUACCAAGUUAAAGAACCGGUGGAAAGGCCAGCGCCACAUAGCCCACUUCCAGCUACAAGCGCGACCCCCGGAAAACUGGUCCCGCCGGACCUGAUAUUCAGUCCCGCCUCACGUCGCGCGUCCUUACUGGACGAAGGAGAAGUACUGUCAUCCGUACCCUUGAUUCCUGGAAGUCUCCUCAAUCUGGAUCACGAUGUCGAAUAUCCUUCGUUCCAGUAUUCGGAAAGUCAUCUCAGAGAUUGUGCAGACGAUGAACUUGACAAAACUUUUGGGUCGGAAGCUUGGUCCACAAAGCGUGUUCCAUCUUCGCUCGAGCACGUGGAUGUUUCCAAACACAAAUGGAAACAUGGUAGCGCGGGUUCAACCCACACUCUUCACUCAGAUACCAAACGUCAUUCGCAACUUCGCCGAAGUUUCCAGGAAAUGUAUAGUCCUCCUGAAUCUGCUGGACUGCUAGCCUAUGGCUAUUCGAGGUCCCCACAGAGCAUAAAGUCAUCCGUAAAAGAUAUUGAACGUUGCACAAAAUCACAAACAGAUCUAUGCCAGAAACCGUGCUACCUCGCGUCGGCCACCUACGGCAGCCAGUCAGCGGUCGAACGUUUUUCAACACUUUCUCACACAAAUGACCUGAAACAAAGGGAUGCAAGAGAAACGUACAAGAGGUGUACAAAUUCCGACCGGGAAUCAUUUCAGUGGAUGAAAGUCGUAGAUGUAAGCCCACGCAAGGGUGAAAUGUGGUCCAAAGACCCCUCCGAUCGAAACGAAACAAAAGUCGACUCAAAGGUAGAGUCAAGAUAUCACAAAAAGUCUGCACUGGCGGUCAAAGAUCAUGAUCAUUCAGGAGGUUAUCUGUUCCGGAGCACCGGGGAUAGCACAGUCAAUCCUGAGAUACUCCAACCAUCCCUCGGUCCAGUUCUCGAUAGUAGCGAAGAAAAUAUGACGGAUAUUGAUAAUGAGGAGCCCUGUGUGAGGGAGCACACUAAACGAAGUCCUUCGUCCAAAUCCAAGAGGAGAGAUCUGCCUGCGCCCAAAUCCACCCCAAAAGAUCAAAAGUUGUCUGGUUCCGAACAUCACGCCGCACGUCGCCGAAGCUUUCUUGCGGGCUACUGGCAACAAGCCAUAAGGCAAAGCGGUGACACAAGUCUGGAUAGCUUUGAAACCCUGAGGACAGACACAGAAUCCUAA